UCGUAGUGCAUCUCCAAGGCCCACGCUUUUCAAUUCACGUUCAAAACGUGGCAUAGGAUCGAAACAGGAGAAGUUAAUUCUACCAUAUUCGUUCUAACACAGCACAAAAAAUUUAUGAUAGAUAAUCUCUUUUGAGUACUUUUUUUUCGGUCACUGUUAAGCUUAUUUAAUUUGAGGGACACCAACUGUGAAAUGGCCAUUCAAGAGAAUUUUAUUUUGUAUUUGAUUUUGGUAUCGAUUGCUCAUUUGGAUGGCGUUCUUGCAGCCGAUUUUGAUCUCUGUGGAUUGGGAGAUAUCACCUCGAAGGAUGGAAGUAUUUUCUUCAAUAUUUCUGAGGUUGGCUCGGAAGGCGAGAUAGAAUGUCGACGUUUGAUUCAUGUAGACAAAGGACAUGUGAGACUAACUAUAAACACGAGCGAGGCGGUCUUCCAAGGGAAAAAUAUUUUGCAGGUGUUUGAUGGCGGAUUUAAUGCUCGACAACUCAACUCCGAGGGCCCAAAAGGACAAAUAACCUACGAAUCGUCUGGGAAUGUUAUGGCAAUUCUCCUGAGGGUAGAAAAAUCAGCGAAAUCAACAGAAAAUAUUGUUCGUCGUGGAACAUUUAUUUCACUACCAUUUCAGACCACGUGCGCUUGUGGUGGCAUUCAAAACGGCGUUCAACAAUGUUGGGAGUCGUUUGGUGUGAGAAAAUGUGAAGCUACUUGUAAAAAUGGAUUCGUAGACUUGACAGAGUCGACUGGUAAUUUCUCGUGCAGUUUAUUGAAUGGAAAAUGGGAUAAAGAUCUUGAUGGUUUUGGUUGCCAAUCGACCAUUUUGCCGUCUGUCGUGUUUCGUCUAAAUCUAACAUUUGCGAAUGCUUCCCUGUGCACAGCAUCGACCAAGGAUAACAUUUCUACGUUUUUCAAUGAAUAUUUUAAAGACAACAAAAAUAUCUCAGCAAAUGGACAGUGUUUUGGACAACAUAAUGCCAGUAACUGCACGGUUAUUGAGUGUGUUGAAAAUGAUAAUUCGUCUUUUGUGUCUAUCACAAUAGAGGAUAAAUCCAUUACGAAGUCAAAAUCCGUGGAAGAAAAACCGACUGUCGUCGAUCUAUUUACCGUUUAUAAUUCAACUUCCAAGGGUAUCGAAGAACAAUUAUUUGCUUUCAUUAAUAACAUACUUAAGAACACUUCGGCUUUAAACAAAGCUGAAAACAACGUAGAAAGACAGUGUCCUAGUGGAUUGUUUUUGUUUCUCAAUGCAGGUGAUAUUGGUCAUCCUGUGUGCUCUAAGUGCCCUGCUGGUAGGUUUUACAGCGCCUUCAAGUGUGAAAAAUGUCCCAAUGGUACGUUUUCUUUGGAGGGCUCCGUGACCUGUUCUCCUGACGAAAGCCAAAAGAUCACCCCUUCAUCUAAAGACUUGUGCAAGAUUUAUUGUUCAGUUGGAAAAGGGUUAAAUCUGACGACCGGUUUUUGCCAGUGGUGUCCUUACGAUACCUAUCAAAAUAGUACCGACGUGCCUAAUGUCAACUGCUCUGCAUGUCCCAAAGGAAAAAUGACCCCAUAUCCAGGGGCCACAGGUAUGGAUCAGUGUUAUGUGCCUUGUAAAAAGGGGACAUUUUUCAGCUUGAAGGAUCAAAAAUGUCUGUCUUGUCCACUGGGGACUUACCAAGAAUCAGGAAAUCAUUUGUUUAUGAGGUGCAAAAACUGUGGCCUAGGUAAGGUCACUUAUGAGAAUGGUAGUACAGCCCCAGAUUAUUGUGUGACCUCGUGUCCAAAGGGACGUUAUUUGGACUCGACGACAAGCCAGUGCCUCGAGUGUCCUCUUGGAAGCUACCAAGACAAAGUCAACCAGUUGAAUUGCACACGAUGCCGAGAUGGAACCUUCACUCUUAAAAAUGGUUCUAUUGAACGAAACGACUGUAUCAAAACGUGCCUCAUGGGCACUUAUUUCGAUGUGCAAAACCAAUCCUGCAUUGAGUGCCCGGUAGGGACCUACAUGGAUCAGAAUGGGCAUUUAAUCUUAUCUUGCAUAAAAUGCGCGGGAAAUAAAACAACGCAAGGACAUGGCGCAAUAAAUGAAUCACAGUGCUUAGGCAAGUGUGAUGUUGGAGAAUAUCUCAAUACCCAGAACAACUCUUGCUCCAAGUGCCCGGUAGGGACCUACAUGGACCAGAAGGGCAACUUACUGCUUUCCUGUAUUAAAUGCGUCGACAAUAAAACCACGCAUGUAGAAGGCGCAGGAAACGAAAACCACUGCCUUCACAGAUGUAAACCUGGAGAAUUUUUCGUUGCUGAAAAUGCCUCGUGUCCCAAGUGUCCCUCGGGAACUUUCAUGGAACAAAAUAAUCAUUUGAUAAAAUCAUGCAACAAAUGUGGUGCCAAUCAGACAACGCAAAAUGAAGGCGCAGUUGACAAAAGCCAAUGUAUUGAUACGUGUGGAAAAGGUGAAUAUUUUAGUGUUAAGAACAGUUCCUGCGCGCUGUGUCCGUUGGGAACGUACAUGGACGAAGGUGGUCAUUUGAGGCUCUCGUGCAAAACGUGUGGAAACAAAAACGCAACGUACAAAAAAGGUGCAGUGAGCGAAAACCAAUGCAUGAUAGAAUGCAAAGUUGGACAAUAUUUCAAUUCGACUACGUCAACCUGUGAGGCAUGUCCUAAAGGAUCCUACCAAAACAAGACAGCUCAGGAAACAUGUCUUUCGUGUCCCCCCGGAAUGAGCACUACGUCCGCAGGAGAAACAAGUGUCCUUGCUUGUGUUAAGUACGUGUGCGGACGGGGGAAGUACGUUGAGAGUACAGGAAAUUGUCAACUUUGUCCAAAUGGAACUUACCAGUCAGCUGUCAAUCACACGCUGUCGUCAUGCCAACAGUGUCCCAGUAAUAUCUCCAAGGUUCAAGGUGCAACGAAUCUAAGCUCCUGCAUAAAAAUCUGCGAUUCUUUUCCCUGUGAGAAUGGAGCUGAGUGUAUUGAGAAGGCAGAUGCGUACUGCAAGUGCCCGCGUGGGCUGACGGGUAAAAGAUGCGAAGUGAUUGAAAAGCAAGACGAGUUAAUAAAACUUCAGAUGGGUGUUCGCUUUACUUCCUUGCAUUGGAGCGAACAGCUGACAGAUAAGACGAGCAGCGAGUAUCGUGGAGUCAAGUACCGUAUCGAGAAUUCUUUGAGGAACGUUUUCAUUGAUGAUGAAUCCUUUGUUGGCGUCCAGGUGAAUAAAUUAGUAAAAGGAAGCGUCAUCGCGAACUUUGACCUCUACAUGAAUGAGAACGCGUCAGUCGUUCCCGCCAAAACUUUACAAAUAGCAGUAAAGCAUGGAUCUAUUGGUGGGCUUGCUGUGGACGCAGAGUAUUUGAGUAUCAAGCAGGUUACGUGUGAUCGAGCUCUUGGGAUGGAGAACGGGCGAAUCAAAGAUGAACAGAUCAGUGCAUCAUCCAAGUCAGCAAAUCAACACGCAAGUCGUGCUCGACUGAACAGCCCCAAGGGAUGGCACGCUAAGGAAGUUACCUCAAAAAAUUACAUCCAGGUCCGUUUCCAUAGCAACGUCAACGUCACUGCCAUAGCAACGCAAGGUGAUGCAGUUGGUUCAUUCGUGACAGCCUAUGUAUUGUCGUACAGUACGGAUGGUGACGUGUGGAUGGACAUCAAGGAAUCCAUUAAUAGCACUUUCGCUAAGAACUUCACGGCUAACAACGAUACAAAUACCAUCGUCAAAAACAUCCUUCCCGAACCAAUCACACUAGUCAAGUACAUCCGGGUAAUCCCUGUAUCCUGGAGCAACGCUACAGGCAUGCGCAUUGAGGUCUAUGGAUGCAUUACGGAUCCGAUUCUCCCGCCUGAGGAAAUUCCAACAACUUUUCCUAAACAAACGCUCAUGACAGAGCCAAAAGUUAAAGCAGUCGCCUCGAAUAAAGACGAAUACUCGUGGGGGAAAUAUCUAGGGAUUACGUUUGGUUUGUUGAUGGUCGUUGGAUGUUUGCUAGCUUUUUUCAUGUGGUGGAGAAGCUCGAAGAAGAAGGAACAAAAAGAGAAGGCGCCGUUGGUUAUGACCAAGCUACACGGAAACGAGUACAAAGUCAUCAAUAAGAACGAUGAUUUAGAAUAUGACGAAAAUGCAGUGUGAAGCGUUGUUUUCGUUUCUCCGGAACUUGAAGCACUGAACUCUUUAAAGCCUUUUCAGGGCUUGGUACGUGACUCAUUGGUCUUCUGAAAUAACUACUUUUUUUAGUCUAACGUAGUGAUAACGAACUAAUUUUUUGUGUUCAUCAUGAUUGAGUUUGAGAACGGAAAGAUUUCUCAUUAGCUUUCUAGUUAUAUACACCAACAUGGCCGCCAUGUCUUUGUCAUUUGGAUCAUUCAGUUAUGACGUCAUCACCGCCAUGUUGGUGUACGUUAACAUACGA